AAAUCAGCCACCAUUACGGUAGACCACUCCUCAUUGCCCUGCCGCCCAUGCCCGUGUUGCCAUUUGUGCAGACUUUAGCUCUUGCCAAGCCAGCCAGCACAACCAGCGAGCACCUCUGGCUCUGUGGUAUGGUGAGCUCUGACUGAGACUCAUUGGGGCUGGGGAUUUUCUCGAAGCCAUAUAAGAGAGAGAGACCCAGAAAGAAGCCUACCAAAGUAAAACCAGCUCUCGCAGCAGCCGCAGUGUACCACCACUCCAGCGAGUCCAGCAAGGGAAGGGGGGCGGGCGCAGCGCAGCCGGGGAAGAACGGGGCGCCGAGGAACCAAUACCCAACCCAACCCAAACCCCCAAUGGCUUCCCCGCGCUCCCUCGCCCUCUUCCUGCUCUGCAUUCUGGCUGCGCCGGCGCCGCCCAUAUCAGCCGCAUUGCUCUUCGGCGGCGGGAAGCCGGCCGCGGCGGCGGGCCUGGACAUGGAGUGGCGGCCGGCCACCGCGACGUGGUACGGCGACGCCGAGGGCGACGGCAGCGACGGCGGCGCGUGCGGGUACGGGACGCUGGUGGACGUGGUGCCGAUGAAGGCGCGGGUGGGGUCGGUGAGCCCCGUGCUGUUCAAGGACGGCGAGGGCUGCGGCGCCUGCUACAAGGUCAAGUGCCUGGACCGCGGCAUCUGCUCGCGCCGGGCCGUGACGGUCAUCGUCACCGACGAGUGCCCCGGCGGCCUCUGCGCGUUCGGCCACACGCACUUCGACCUCAGCGGCGCCGCCUUCAGCAGGAUGGCCGUCGCCGGCGCCGGCGGCCGCCUGCGCGACCGGGGACAGCUCAACAUCGUCUACAGAAGUGUCGUUUGUCUGUGCAUAUACUCCAGGACUGUCUGCAAGUACGGCGGGAAGAACAUCGCAUUCCGUGUGAACGAGGGCUCGACCAGCUUCUGGCUCUCGCUGCUCGUCGAGUUCGAGGACGGCGAAGGCGACAUUGGAUCCAUGCAGAUAAAGCAGGCCAACUCGGUGGAGUGGCUGGACAUGAAGCACGUGUGGGGGGCCACGUGGUGCCUGGUGCGGGGCCCGCUCGUGGGGCCCUUCUCCGUGAGGCUGACCACGCUGUCCGCCAAGAAGACGCUCACGGCCCGGGACGUCAUCCCCAGGACCUGGGCGCCCAAGGCUACCUACACCUCGCGCCUCAACUUCGAGCCGUCCCUCUAGAAAAGAGGAGCAGCCCCCAGCCCGCCGGCCGGCCGGAGGAGGCGCGGCACCCCGGGGCCCACGUUUUAUCGGCCCCGGACACUGCCAUGUGGGCCCGCAAAGGCUGGUGGCCCGCUUGGCAGGCAGCCAGGCAGGAACCUUUGCCUAUUCCUAUUGGAUGGAUCGGCAGAUUAUAUUGUUUUUUCUGUAUUCAGGCAGCUUGGCCUGAUAGUAGUAUAGCUAGCUAGUGUGUGGCUGUGUGGUGAUGCUUAUGCAUCAGAGAUUCAGAGUAUCAGACGUGUGUGGUGCUAGUAAUUUUGGUUGUGAGUAGAGUUCAGGAGCUGGGCCAGGUACGGAGGUACCAACCAAGCAGCCGCCGUCUCCAAAGGAGAGAGAGCGUUCGCUGCUUGCUCGGCUUCGGUCUUAGAGGCCAGGAAUCCGAUGCGGAAGCUUGGUCGGACUCGGACCGUGUGAGGGUUUUGGAUCCCUCGUGGGUCGUGGUCGUGGUCGUGGCGUCCUGUUCGCUUGUUCUGGUGUUUCUGCUUUGUGUUUUCCCGGAUUGAAAUGCAGGGUUCGUGACAAAUGUCAGGAUCCGCAAUGAGGAAUGUGUGUGGCGCUCAGAAUGACCCUGCGCUUUUCCAUGUGAA